AUGAAGAGCCAGCAGCCCCUCCAUGUGGCCACUCCAGUGAGGCAGAGCCUGGCCCUGACCAAAGUGGCUGGCACCCCCGUUUACCUCAAGCUGGACUCAUCCCAGCCCACAGGCUCCUUCAAGAUCAGGGGCAUCGGGCACCUCUGCCAAGUUUGGGCAGAGCGAGGAUGUGAGCGGUUUGUCUGCUGCUCAGGAGGAAACGCUGGUAUGGCGGCGGCGUACUCGGCCCGGCAGCUCGGGGUCCCUGCCACCAUCGUGGUCCCGAGCGUCACACCCAAUCCCACCGUGGAGAGGCUGAUGGACGAGGGCGCCACCGUGGUCAUUCAUGGCAAGGCUCUAAAUGAAAGCAUGGAAUACGGAGAGCAGCUCGUGGCCAACAACCCCGGCUGGGUGCUCAUCUCUCCGUUUGACGACCCCCUUAUCUGGGAAGGCCACACGUCUCUGGUGAAGGAGCUGGAGCGAGACCUGAGGCAGAAGCCGGGGGCCAUCGUGCUGUCGGUGGGAGGCGGAGGCCUGCUGAACGGCGUGGUGGAGGGACUGCGGCGCGCCAACUGGGCGGAUGUACCUAUUGUAGCCAUGGAAACCAUCGGAGCACACAGCCUCAAUGCCGCCAUGAAGGCUGGAAAGCUGGUCACUUUACCUGCUAUUACCAGCAUCGCGACCACUCUGGGCCUGACGUGCGUCUCUGCUCAGACCAUGAAGCUGGUGCAGGAGCACACCGUUUUCUCAGAACUCGUCACGGACCAAGAGGCGGUAAUGGCUGUGGAGCACUUUGUGGAUGAUGAGAAGAUCCUGGUGGAGCCGGCGUGUGGCGCGGCCCUGGCAGCUGUGUACAGUGGCGUCAUCAGGCGGCUGCAGGACGAAGGCAAGCUGGCGCACAACCUGGGCCCGGUGGUCAUCGUGGUGUGCGGAGGCAACAACAUCAGCAUGGGGCAACUGUGGAAGUUGAAAAAGCAGCUGGGUAUUAUCUAG